AUGGGCACAUUGGGAGCCCUCACUAUCGCGGAUUUGAGGGAAAUAAAAGUCGCUGAACCUUCCGACGAUCAUGAUAGGACAACACAAAGUCUUCUUCAAGCCCUCUCCACUUGUAUCUCCCUUAUCAUAACGAAUUACACAGAUUGGUUGAGUGAGGUUAAGAACCUGCUUGAGGAAGAUGCGAUCAAAAUAAUGGAUUUCUUUUCAAGGCAGUCGAUUGAUUUUUUCAGCAAGCUACCUGAAGAGCUACAAUUUGUUAUGUCCGGUGAUAUGGACACUAAAGCUUCUGAUGCAAUAUCUUCAAGUAGUAACAACGUUUCUGCCCUUGUGCUGUUAGUGGAAGGGAUAGGAGUCGCUGCUGGUGUCGUUUCUUGUUGGAGGCUCCCUGAGAAAAUUCUGCAACGUUUAACCAAAUUCGGUCUUAAAUAUGAGUGCUGGAGUGGUCCUGGUAUUCCUCCAAGCCAACACCUUAUCGAACGCUUGAAAGGAGUAAAGGGACUCAUUUGUCAUCCAGGAGUCAAGAUUGAUUCAGAGGUGUUAAAUGCCGCUGGAAGCAGCUUAAAAGUUGUUAGCACAAUGUCCGUCGGUUAUGAUCAUCUUGAUCUCAAGGAAAUGAAGUCAAGGAAUGUUCGAGUCGGGUAUGUUCCUGAUGUACUUACCGAUGCCACUGCUGAGUUGACAGUUGGUUUGCUGUUAGCAGUUUCCCGUAGAAUGGGAGAAGCCUCUGAAACUGUUCGUGCUGGAAAAUGGGGAGCGUGGCAACCUUUCUGGAUGUGCGGAAAGGAAUUGAAAAAUUCAACUGUCGGUAUAUUCGGCCUUGGACGAAUCGGCAGAGCUGUGGCCACACGCCUUGCUGCGUUUUCCCCUAGCCGAAUAAUUUAUGCCUCUUCGGGCAAACGUCCUGGUGGUUAUCAAUCAGUUACACUUUUCACUAAACCCGAUGGAACUUCAGUUGUUGCUGAACCGGUUUCUUUCGACGACCUUCUGAAGCAAUCUGACUUCCUCUGUGUUUGCGCUUCAAUGUGCGAGGGAUUGAAGAGUGCUUUUAAUGAAGAGACAUUUGGUAAGAUGAAGGCAGGGGCGGUGUUUGUAAAUAUCGCUCGUGGUGCAAUGGUUGAUCAAGAGGCACUGUUCCGGGCUUUAACCAAGGACAUUGAGGCUGGGGGCUUAUGGGGAGCUGGUCUUGAUGUUACCACUCCUGAACCUCUUCCUGCCGAUUCACCACUUCUUAAACUUCCAAAUUGUUUUAUUCUUCCUCACAUCGCCAGUGCAACCGAAGAAACUCGAUGGUUGAUGGCAGAACGUGCAGUGGAUAAUCUUGUUGCUGCACUCGCUGACGAACCAAUGCCGUCAGAGUUGAAAGUCUAG